CCAUUCUCCGCUGCAGACAUCGCCAAGAAUCACCAAGUCAGGAAGCAGUACACCAUCCAGCUCGGCGAGAACGAGCUUGUCCUCACGGUCUUACAAUUACAACAGAAGAUUCAAACUCUGCAGGCUGGAAAAUCCAAAUCCUAGCUUCCUUUCGUCAGGACUGUCCAGUCAUUCUACUUGCUUUCAUCCAGUGUAUGCAGGUGUCGCACAAUUGUCAGAACAGUUGCUGUGAUGGGGCUGCCACCACCUCACCGAUCAACCAACAGAGGAGGAUUAUGAGUUCAGGAAAUAAAGUCAUACAAAUGUUGGCUCGCCAAGAAGUAGCGGACCAAUUUCUGCCCCUGAUUCCCGGGCCAGAAAGAGACGAGAGACACGCGAAGCACGGAAUUAGGAUUGGCGAAUGGGUAGAUCCUCCCACCCGCCAUCCAUGCUCAUGCCGUAAGCAAAUCUAUUGCUUCUGUCCAUUUUCAGUCUUAUUCUCGUGUUUUCGACCAAAACAGUCUCUUUGGCAUCCAAAUUGCCGUAAGCACGAUACUGUAUUUGUCGGCGUAUUGUCGUUAAUUAGCUCUUCCAUCCUUCACUAGGCUUGCUGACUGGAUGAAGAUGAUAUAUUUACUGAAUGACGACUGACUUGUCGGUAAGAAGAACAUUAAGAAGGAAGAAAAACGUGAAAUAAAAAACAGGGGAAGACGAAGGAAUUGAGAAGAAGAGAGAGGGAAAGGUCCAGAGAUAAGAAAAGGGAAUGAUUGAUCUUGCUGGCAGUCCUCCGUCACUUCCAAACAUGCAGAGGAAAAGCUCAUUGGGUCUUCCGGCGCCCGUCUCUAUUCCCCUCUGCGCUCUCCUCUUCUACCUGCGGCUUUAAAAUAUGAUGGCCGCCCUCUGAAUGCACGCGUAGAUUCCAUCCAUCAGACGCCAACCCCUCCGACGACAAGCAUUCGUUCGUGGCUGGCAUACAUGGAUUCCUCCGGGUGGUUUGGUUUGGACGGCGCGAGCAUUAUCAGCGCGGUGGCCGCCGCCGGGCCUUACCUUCUCUGCGCCGUAGCCCUGGUGGUGCUACUGGAGCAGCUCUCUUACCUCCGUAAGAAGGGGCCCCUUCCUGGCCCCACCUUCGUGGUGCCCUUCCUCGGCAGCGCGCUUCCCAUGAUCCUGAACCCCACCCGCUUCUGGGACCGGCAGGCCGCCCUCGCCCGCGCCUCCGGGCUCGGCGUCUCCGCCAACUUCCUCGUCGGCCGCUUCAUCGUCUUCGUCCGCUCCACCGAGCUGUCCCACAAGGUCUUCGCCAACGUACGCCCCGACGCCUUCCACCUCAUCGGCCACCCCUUCGGCAAGAGGCUCUUCGGCGACCACAACCUCAUUUACAUGUUCGACGAGCAGCACAAGGAGCUCCGCCGCCGCAUCGCCCCCAACUUCACUCCCCGCGCCCUGUCCACCUACGUCGCCGUCCAGCAGCGCGUCAUCAUCACUCACCUGCAGAAAUGGCUCGACCAGGCGUCAGCGUCGAAGUCGCAGCCCGUCGCGCUUCGGCUCCUCUGCCGUGACCUCAACCUCGAGACCUCGCAGACCGUGUUUGCGGGGCCGUACCUCACCGCGUCCGCCCGCCAGCAGUUCAACCGGGACUAUAACCUCUUCAACGUGGGUCUGAUGGCCAUCCCCUUCGACCUCCCGGGCUUCGCCUUCCGCCGCGCCCGUCUCGCCGUGUCCCGCCUCGUCCGCACCCUCUCCGGCUGCGUCGCGCAGAGCAAGGAGCGGAUGCGCACCGGCGCCGAGCCCACCUGCCUCGUCGACUUCUGGAUGCAGGACACACUGCGCGAGAUCGAGGAGGCCGCGGCCUCCGGGGCCCAGCCGCCGCCACAGUCCGGCGACGUCGAGAUCGGAGGCCACCUGUUCGACUUCCUCUUCGCCGCGCAGGACGCGUCGACGUCGUCGCUCCUGUGGGCCGUGACGCUCCUCGACGCGCACCCGGACGUGCUGGCCCGGGUUCGAGCGGAGGUGGCGGCCGUGCUAGGAACGCCGAGUUGGUCCGGGCAGCCCAUCACCGCGGAGCAGCUGCGGGAGAUGCGGUACACGGAGGCUGUGGCGCGGGAGGUGGUGCGGUUCCGGCCACCGGCGACGAUGGUGCCCCACAUCGCGGGGGAGGCGUUCCCUCUGACGGACUGGUACACGGUGCCCAAGGGGGCCAUCGUGUUCCCGUCGGCAUACGAGUCGUCGUUCCAGGGGUUCGCGGCGGCGGAGCGGUUCGAUCCGGACCGGUUCUUCUCGGAGGACCGGGAGGUGCAGAAGCGCCACUUCCUGGCCUUCGGCGCCGGGCCCCACCAGUGCGUGGGCCAGCGCUACGCCAUCAACCACCUCGUCCUCUUCAUCGCCCUCUUCACCUCCCUCGUCGACUUCCGCCGCCACCGAACCCCGGGCUGCGACGACAUCGCCUACGUCCCCACCAUCGUCCCCAAGGACGACGGCCUCGUCCACCUCGCCAAGCGCACCUGCGAUCGCAUCUCCCCUUCGUCCUCUUCCUCCUCGUGAGCUGGCUGUCACAGUUUCCUCACGUCCUUUUCUCCUCGUGCCUCGUGUCCGGUGGUGGGUGGUCCGCUCUCCAUUUAUUUAUUUUCUUCUUCUCCUCCUCCUCUCUUUUCUGUAUUUCUUGAUAUCUCAAAUCCACAGGAAAUUUAUUGUUCGUUGGGUCGUUGGGUCGUCCAACUGCGUAUCAUCUGUUCGUUAUUGAUUGGGCUUUAGAUUCCUCAUUCUGUUUGGUCAACGCUCGUAUAUAUCCAUGUACGUACCCUUGGCAAAUAAAAAGAGUGCAAUCGAUAUA